CUCCCCGCCAGCAACUUCACACCCGCCUCAGACAGUACGAAGCUGAUCUAAAGAGCAGGAGAUAUGGCUGUGGUUAGUGGAACUUACCGUAUGGUGUCGGAGGAGGAGCAGGCUCUCAGAGCCAAGCUGGAACGUCUCACCGUCAAGGACCACGGGCCAGUGUUUGGAGCCUGUGCCAGCCUGCCGGACCACACCAAGCAGAAGGCCAAGGACGAGCUGAACGAGACAGACGAGAAGCGGGUGGCGGCGGUGAAGGAGCUGCGAGACAUGAUUAAGGAGAAGGCAGAUGGAGGUGACGACGUGGCCAAGGGGGUGCAGGACACGUUUGGGGAGAAACCAGACAGCUUGCUGAUCCGCUUCAUCCGAGCCAGGAAGUACGACGUGCCCAGAGCCUUCGACCUCAUGAAGGGCUACGUGCGUUUCAGGAAGGAUUACCCCGAGCUGUUUGAGAACCUGACCCCUGAGGCCGUACGCAGCACCAUCGAGGCCGGGUAUCCCGGCAUCCUGCCCAGCAGAGACAAGUACGGCCGCGUGGUUCUGCUCUUCAACAUUGAGAACUGGGACUACGAGGAGAUCACCUUCGAUGAGAUCCUGCGUGCCUACUGCGUGAUCCUCGAGAAGCUGCUGGAGAACGAGGAGACUCAGAUCAACGGGUUCUGCAUCAUUGAGAACUUCAAGGGCUUCACCAUGCAGCAGGCGUCAGGAAUCAAACCCACCGAGCUCAAGAAGAUGGUGGACAUGUUGCAGGAUUCAUUCCCUGCUCGUUUCAAAGCGGUGCACUUCAUCCACCAGCCCUGGUACUUCACCACCACCUACAAUGUGGUCAAACCACUGAUGAAGAGCAAGCUGCUGGAGAGAGUUUUCGUCCACGGAGACGAGCUGGAAAACUACUACAAGGAGUUUGAUGCUGACAUCCUUCCCUCUGAGUUCGACGGAAAAGGUUCCAAGUACGACGGCAAGGCCACAGCAGCCAAGCUGUUCGACUAAACGUCCUCCCUUGCUUUGCACCGACCAGGCAAAGGGCCAUUAUAUAUAACGGAGACUCAAAGCCCAAUCUAGCUGUGUGGUUGUAGGAAAAAAAAGUUAUGAAUGAAGGUCACGAGUGUGUGAGAUGUUCAAGUGAUGUUUUCCAGAGGUCCUGACAAAGCACAGACCAGCAGGAAUGAGGCAGUUUCACCCUCAGUCACUAUUUCACUCUACAGUAUUCUGUAUAACUGAUUCUUGGUUGACUUCACUUCACACAAGUUUAGAGUGAAAAUCAGCCUUCUCAGACUGGCUUGAAAUUGGCAAUCCAUCACGCUGAAUACUUAGGUGCCUUUAUUCGAGUGCAGCAUUUGUUAUUUUCGCACAUUCGCACAUUUCGCACGCUUCCUUGUUGAUGUGUUCAAAGACGCUCUGAUAUUCCAGAUUUGAGAGUUUGCUGGCAAACACCUUUCAUCACACAAAAAGACCAGAUUCACAAUCGUCUUUUCAAUGUCUGCUGUUUCACUGAUUCACAAACACGAGAUCUCAGAGCCCACUGAAAGUCAAACAGGGAAGGGUUUCAGAACAGCAUGUGCUGACACCUGAGUCACCACAACUGAUCCAAACAUAACGGUGACCGAAUGUCUGCAGUGGUGGCAGAUUUCAAGGCUUUGCAAUUGAUUUUCACAGCAAACCCAAAUGAAUGGAAGCAAGUGGCAGUUCAAGAGGUGGUAUUUAAUCAAUGACAUUUAAUGACAUCUAAUGUCAUACAGGAAUAAAUGAUGCAACAUUCACUGAAAACACCCAUGUUAAGCUGACCGCCUGGCUUUGAACAGCAGACUGGGGUUUUCUGUCUCUCACCUCUGCUAAGUUGUGCUUUGUUUGGACCACAGUUCGCCCACACAGCUUGUCCUAACACUGGCAGGCCCCAGCUUUCCCAGUCUCCACUCUCUGCCCCAUCUCUCCUUCAAGUACAAGGCUGAUACUCCAUCAAGUGCCUGUGUCUCAUGUGUUUUUUAGAUUGUUCUUCAGUAUGAAUACUAUGAAGUGUUACCCACUGUGCUACCUGGUGCAACAAUAAGA